AUGGACGCACACGCGGUGCAUUUGGCCUUGGCGGCGCUCGUCGGAGCCUCCGUCGUGGCCGUGUCCGCGUAUUACAUGCACCGCAAGACGCUUGCGCAGUUGCUGGAGUUCGCGCGCACGGUCGAGCGCGAGGCUGAGGGUGGCGGCGGUUCAGACGGGGAAUCACCGCCGGUGCAUUUGAAGAAGCGCCGCGGCGCCACGAGGAGACGGGGCAACGGAGCGUACCGGCUCGGCUCGGCGUCGUUGCCUGACGUCACCUUGAUCUCCAGCGGGUUCGACGGGGACGAGAAGCGGAACGGAACGGUUCACGUUGAGGGGAUUCCGCCGGGGCUGCCUAGGCUGCACACGCUCCGUGAAGGAAAAUCUGCACAAUCUGGUUCCUUCAAGAGAAGCCUAUUAAGACCAACAUCUCCCAAGUCCCCUGUUGCAAGUGCUAGUGCCUUUGAAAGUGUAGAGGGAUCAGAUGAUGAAGAUAACAUGACAGAGAAAGAUAAAUUGGAGUCUGAGUAUCUGCACGCAAAUGGCAAUGUUGGUCCAGAAGGUAAAAUCCCAUUUGAGACUUUACCUAAUGCUAAUGGAGAGCAGAUGGCAAUUGCUCCAAGUAUGAUCCGUUCUCAUAGUGUUUCUGGUGACCUGCAUGGUGUGCAGCCUGACCCAAUAGCAGCUGACAUUCUGAGGAAAGAGCCAGAGCAUGAAACUUUUGCAAAAUUGAAAAUUACUCCUAUUGAGGCUCCGUCACCUGAUGAAGUUGAAGCCUAUGUGGUUCUUCAAGAAUGCCUUGAAAUAAGAAAAAGAUAUAUUUUUAGAGAAGCCAUUGCUCCUUGGGACAAAGAAGUUAUAUCUGACCCCAGUACACCCAAGCCUAACCCAGAUCCAUUUUUAUACACUCCUGAAGGAAAAUCUGAUCAUUACUUCGAAAUGCGGGAUGGGGUUAUUCAUGUAUAUCCAGAUAGAGAAGCAAAAGAAGAGCUUUUUCCUGUUGCUGAUGCGACUACAUUUUUCACUGAUCUUCAUCACAUACUUCGAGUCAUAGCGGCAGGGAAUAUAAGAACUUUAUGCCAUCAUAGGCUCAAUCUUCUAGAACAGAAAUUCAAUCUUCAUUUGAUGCUAAAUGCGGAUAGAGAAUUUCUUGCUCAGAAAAGUGCUCCACAUCGAGACUUCUAUAAUGUCAGGAAAGUUGAUACUCAUGUCCACCAUUCAGCAUGCAUGAAUCAGAAACAUCUUUUAAGAUUCAUAAAGUCAAAGCUGAGAAAAGAGCCUGAUGAGGUUGUAAUAUUUCGAGAUGGGACAUAUCUAACCUUGAAAGAGGUUUUCGAGAGUUUGGACUUAACUGGAUAUGAUCUCAAUGUUGACCUUUUGGACGUUCAUGCAGACAAGAGCACUUUUCAUCGCUUUGAUAAGUUCAAUCUUAAAUACAAUCCUUGUGGUCAAAGUAGGCUCAGGGAGAUAUUUCUAAAGCAGGAUAAUCUCAUUCAAGGGAGGUUUCUGCACAAGCCAAGUGGUUCAAUAUACACUGGUUUGGGCAUUGUGAUUAAGUGCAGAAGUUUUGUUGGUGUAGUAAGAAGUUUGGAAUUUAAGACAACUUAUACCUGCAAUGUUAAUAAAAAAGCAAUUGCUAAUUUCACCUGUCGUUUUCUUGGUGAGGUGACUAAGCAAGUGUUUUCGGAUCUUGCUGCCAGUAAAUAUCAGCAUUUGCAGUGGGGUAGGUCCUAUGCAUCCAAGCAACUUUGGGAACUUGAGAAGCUUAGAGAUUUGAAACAAACGGAGAUAACAAUGGCAGCUGAAAUUGGCUGCCAGUCCCUGGAUGUUGGAUGUCUGUUAACUUAUCUUUCUGUGCCUAAUUAUUCACAGAUGGCUGAAUAUAGAAUAUCAAUAUAUGGUCGGAAGCAAAGUGAGUGGGACCAAUUAGCUAGUUGGAUAGUUAAUAAUGAUUUGUACAGUGAGAAUGUUGUUUGGUUGAUUCAGCUUCCGCGGUUGUACAAUGUGUACAAAGAAAUGGGAAUUGUUACAUCAUUCCAGAACAUGCUUGACAAUAUUUUUAUUCCCCUUUUUGAGGUUACUGUCGACCCAGAUUCACAUCCUCAACUGCAUGUUUUCUUGAAACAGGUUGUUGGGUUGGAUUUGGUGGAUGAUGAAAGCAAACCUGAAAGACGGCCAACAAAACACAUGCCUACACCUGAUCAAUGGACUAAUGUGUUCAAUCCAGCAUUUUCAUAUUAUGUCUAUUACUGUUAUGCAAAUCUUUACACCUUAAACAAGCUUCGUGAAUCAAAGGGAAUGACAACAAUCAAAUUCCGUCCACAUUCUGGAGAGGCUGGUGAUAUUGACCAUCUUGCAGCAACCUUUCUCACGGCUCACAACAUUGCACAUGGAAUCAAUUUGAAAAAAUCUCCUGUGCUUCAAUAUUUAUAUUAUUUAGCCCAGAUUGGGCUGGCAAUGUCUCCUUUGAGCAAUAACUCCCUAUUCUUGGACUACCAUCGAAAUCCUUUUCCCAUGUUCUUCUUACGGGGUCUGAAUGUGUCACUUUCUACUGAUGAUCCUCUCCAAAUUCACUUAACCAAGGAACCAUUGGUUGAAGAAUAUAGUAUUGCUGCUUCUGUGUGGAAGUUGAGCUCAUGUGAUUUAUGUGAGAUAGCCCGGAAUUCAGUAUAUCAAUCUGGUUUCUCACAUGCUUUAAAGUCACAUUGGAUUGGUAAGGAGUACUACAAGAGAGGGCCAAAUGGAAAUGAUAUUCAGAGAACAAAUGUUCCUCACAUUCGGUUGGAAUUCCGUGAUACGGUUUUGCUCUCUCAUGGCUCAUUACCUGCACAAAUUUGGAAGGAGGAGAUGCAACAGGUUUAUCUGGGCAAAGCAAUCAUUCCUGAAGAAGUUGAGAAAUAA